GGCUGUUUCAGACAGAACGCGUUCUAGGUGUAAAACAAAAACUCGACAAAGCACAACGAAUGGAAACGCAGGUGUCUUGAGAGGCGCUUUUAACAGUUAAAAUUGUUUUUUUUUUACUUGAUACGGCGUCUUAAAACGCGCUACUGCACAGCGACAAUCGGCCGCAACGGUCAAAGACGUCAGUCUGGCGCAUUUUAACAGAGAAAAACUAUUUAUAAACGGCACGGACGGACGGAAAACGUUUCGGAGGGAACGGCCCAAUACAGUGGAAAAAACAGCAAAGACGUCCUUCUGUCGCGUGUGUAUAUUACAAAACAUCGAUAAAACGGUACGUUUAAGCGCCCGGUGUGAACGCCCCCUUAAGAAAUACUGAAGCACAAUUAUAAUUAUCAUCGUGGUGUAUUACAUUACUGUUAUAGUUUAUCUUCAAAUUCUAGAUCCUUGUUUUGUUGCUAAUAAGCUCAACGAAUGCAAAGAAGCGCACAGAAAUCCCUCCUCAACUCGACGCAACGGAACCGCCCAGUCCAUGAAUCUGGCUACAGUAUUACGUCAGCCACUGGACAAGGUGCGUGCAGUCGCGCACGCAUCUCAUGAACCAUUGCCGAACAGAAACAGGAAACAUCACUACCCACAAAGCUACCGAUAGCGCACAUGCGAACUCUGACCGUGAACGCUACAAACGAGCGGCCUCUGAUUGGAUAUAGACCAAGGAACUACAGAUCCCAGUAGACAUGCGCAAAAAGUCCCUUUUUAAGCCUUUUAAAUAUAUGUGCAAAAUGGCUGCACAGGUCGAUUUGCUGCGCGUCAAAGUAGAGGAGAAGAGCAGGGACAGCUUUGACAAAGCCACCAAAGAGAAGAAAAAGAAGAAAAAACGCGAAUGCUCGCCGUCCGAUGACAAGCGCGUGAGAUCGGAAAAGGAAGCGAAGAAAAUAAAGCUACAUCACCACCAACAUGCCCAACAACGAGUGCAUCCACCGCACCAACAACAGAACAGUCAAGCGUGCAACUUUAGCGGCAACAGCAAAGAGCAGGCACCUGUGCAACAUCGCCAUCAUCACAAUCACCACCACCACAGCUCCAAGAAAGAGUUACCUCCGGGCUGGCCGCCGCGGAAAGUGCCACCAGCAGCCCACGUCCCGCAGAAGACAUCGGUGCCUGCGGUCCUGCCUCCUUCCCCGCUGUUCACUUUCACGCCGCUCAAAGUAGCGAAGGCCAAGCCCCUGAAUAACAAACCGAAACACACCGAGAAGGACGUGAAACUCAAGCCUAAGAAGGAAAAUGCCGAGGUCAAUGUUAAAGUGGGGCAAUUCAAGAAGAAUAAAGAGUCCCAUAGUGAGAAUGGCAAAACCCAGACGCUGGAGGAAUACCUCCUUAAGAAAAAGAAAAAGAAGAAGCGGCAUCGUGAAGAUGAGCGUGGCAAGAAGUUGCGCAUGCACAAUAAAGAGGUCCAAACGGUGUGGGCAGGAUUGACAGGAGGCAAUCCUCCACCUUCUGAAGACCCCACAGUGAUUACAUACCUCAAAGAUGAAAAGCUCUGUCACACAAGCUCUGGCUUAGAUGAGUACCACACUCCCAAAGGUAUGAAGAUGCCCUUCCUCUCACACCGAGACCACUUCAUUCGCAGCUCGUGGCUUCAGACCAACACCUCCUUCAGUAGACUCAUCCAUGAAGAAAAGCAGCCCAAUGGAGGGGCAUCGGUACUACACGCUUAUGCAGAUGAGCUGUCCUUACUGCAGCCGGGAGACACUGAGAAAUUUGCUCAGGAGUUUCUGGAACUCGCCUUUGCUGAAAAGCCUAAAGGAGCGGCGCGCUAUGCACUCGCAGUGGUGCACGGAGCGGCUGCUUACCUGCCUGAUUUCUUGGACUAUUUUGCCUUCAAUUUUCCCAGUACGCCAGUCAAAAUGGAGAUCCUUGGCAAGAAGGACAUUGAGACCACCACAAUCGCCAACUUCCACUCCCAGGUGAGCCGGACAUAUUGCUCUGGGACGUAUAGAGCUGGCCCCAUGAGGCAGAUCAGUCUGGUGGGUGCAGUAGAUGAGGAGGUGGGCGAUUAUUUUCCAGAGUUCUUGGACAUGCUGGAGGAAUCUCCGUUUCUGAAGAUGACUUUGCCGUGGGGCAGUCUGUCCAGCUUAAAGCUAGACUGCAGGUCCCAGAGUGAUGAUGGUCCCAUUAUGUGGGUGAGGCCUGGAGAGCAGAUGGUUCCAACGGCCGAUAUGCCCAAGUCUCCAUUCAAGAGGCGAAGAUCUAUGAAUGAGAUCAAGAACUUGCAUUACCUACCGAGAACCAGUGAACCACGCGAGGUUAUGUUUGAGGAUCGGACAAGAGCUCACGCUGAUCACGUCGGCCAGAGCUUCGACUGGCAGAGUACAGCAGCUGUAGGCGUCCUGAAAGCAGUGCAGUUUGGGGAAUGGAGUGACCGGCCACGGAUAACCAAAGAUGCGAUCUGUUUUCAUGCUGAGGACUUUAAUGAAGUGGUUCAGAGGCUUCAGCUGGACCUGUAUGAGCCACCUGUGUCACAGUGUGUCCAGUGGGUGGACGAUGCCAAACUCAACCAGUUAAGGAGGGAAGGCAUCCGAUACGUUCGUGUGCAGCUCUGUGAUGACGACAUCUACUUCAUCCCCCGCAAUGUCAUCCACCAGUUCAAAACCGUCUCGGCCGUGUGCAGUCUCGCCUGGCACAUCCGCCUAAAGCAGUACCACUCUGACGAGGAGGAGUCAGUGGAGGUAAAGACAAAUGACCUGUGCUCCACAUCCUGUCCACCCCCAUCUUCCUCGUCCCCUGCUCACCCCAACACCAAAGUCACCUCCUGUGCUCAGCUACAAAUGGACACCGUACAAGGUGGAGUGGCGAAAACAGACGAACUGGUCUUCCAGAGGCCCGCAACGCCACCUAGAGAGCCGCAAUCUGCCCUUCCGCAGCCGGCUAAAUCCGCCCACACCCCCGCCACUGCUCUCUGUUCUGAGAUCAGCCCUCUCUCAGCGUCCUCGCCCACACCAGAGCCAAUGCUUCCAGAGGCUCCAGUCGAGCCUGCAACUGACUCCCCACUGAGCAGCAGUGGCAGUGGAGCCCAGUACAGGUCCACGGAUUUCCUUAAAUGAAUUCCCAAAUGCUUCCUUUUGCAGAGGGGUGGAACUUUAUUUAACUGACAUUCCGCAGAGUAAAUAAUGGAAUAUUUGGACUUUGCCUAAAAUUAUGAAGACUGUAUAUUUGUUUCUUUUUUAGAUUUUGGUUAAGAAAGUACUUCUUAGGUUUUUCUCAACCAAAGUAUUUAAUUUGAAAUAUAUUUUUGCUGAAUACUCGGUAUUGUUUUAUAUUUGUUUAUAUAUUUGAGAUUAACUCUCUCUGGAGGGUCUCCCCUCUUUUCACAGUUUUGUGUCAUGUGUUUCAUGUCCAUCUCCUAAUUGGUUUUUAUGAAAAAAGGAAAAGAAAAAAAAAAGUGCCUGUCAUAAGUGGAAAGCAGCAAUCAUAUCUUAAAAGGAUAGUUCACCCAAAAAUGAAAAAUCUGUUUUUCAUUUGCAUUCUCAUUCAUUCACCUUGAUGUUGAGUCACGACAUGAAGAACAAAAUGAAGUUGAGUAAAUGAUAAUUGAUUUUUGGGUGAACUAUUUCCUUGAAAGAGAAAUAGUCUUAUUUUUUCCCAUGGUGUAGUCUGAUGUUGAAGUAUUUAUGCUAGACUAGAGAGUAGAUAUCAGUUUAAAGUGAGAGAUAUUUGCUUUUUCAUUGAUUGUUCUCUGGUUUUGAAUUAUACUGCUUCGCUUGAAGGAAAAUUAAUUAAUUUUUUUUUACUUUUUCGACUGAGUAAUAAAUAGCAGCAAUUAUCAAAGAGGAACGUGUGCAUUCACCUCUUAUGUAUGCAGGAAAUAGAAUUUGGCCUCUGCAAGAGGGUUUUUCAUUUUUGUUAAUUUUAAUUAUUUAUUUCUGUCCAGAAUAGUCAUGGCAGUCUUUUUAAUAUCAUAGUCUUUAAUUCAUUUGCCAUGUUUGUUUUCUGUCUGUAUUGUAUUUAGAAGCGUUUGUUUUAUUUACAUUUUUAUUGUGGAGCAGGAAGACAUAUUCCAUCUAAAUAUGGGCAUAUGAUCUGAAGUUAGCAGAAAAUUAGAUGGAAAAUACAAUAACCAAACCUGCACUCAGGGGCAACAUCCUAAUGCCUUUUUAUUUGGUCAAGUCUCCUUCCUUAUUGCAUUUACUGUAAAGUUUUAUAGUGGUCUAACCCAUACAUUAGAAUUAUUGGAAUUUGAUUCACUCACUUUUGAACGUAUGCUAUCCUCAUAAAAUAAUUCUGACGUGUAUGAAUUUGGGCUUUAUGUAUGGAAAGUCCCUAAAUUCAGUUGCAUAAUUUUAACAAGCUUCCAUUUAGAUGUCACACAUUAUCCUGCUUCUCAGAUUAGUUUUAGAGUGCAGAAUGUACCAUUUGAGAACUUUUAAACUAUACUUUUUCUGAUAUGUUGAUUUGCUUUAUUGUCCUUUGGACUUUUUGUAAUGUCUUUUUUUUAUUUAUUUUUUUUUUUUUUUUAUGUCCCAAAUGAUUAAUCCUGUUGCAUCAGCCAUUGCAAGCCUUUGCUAAAUAUCUCUUAAAAAAAAAAAAACGUGAAAGAGUGCAACUAUGAAUUAACUCAACAAUAUACAUUAAUAAGGUAUGAAUAAAUUCCUAUCUGUAAUCAGAGGGUUUAUUUUUUCCCAUUUUGCCAUUGCCAUCUGUUACGUUGCUUCCCCAAUCAAACAGUUCUUCUCCUUCAGAAAGCAUUUGAUAUUAUUUGUGAGUAUAAUAUCAGAAGGUAUGUCCAGUGCUCCAAUGUGUUAGAAUUGAAGUUGUCCAUAAUAAUGUAUGGUAAGCAUUCUAUGUGAUUAUGCUAUCCGAGAUAGUUGGGUGAGUGCAAUUUAGAUUUCACUGUUUGAGUGUAGUUACGUGUCAAUGUUUUGUGCCAAUGUGUGGUUGUAUCAUUCUCUUAAAUGGGAUUAAGUCUUAAAGCAGGCAUUUGUUUGUUUUGAUAGGGUUAUGGGCAGCAGUUGUGCUUCUGCAUUGGCGCAGAGUAACGGAAGUGACUGAUUUGAAUGUAAUUGUACACCAGCAAACCAAUCAGUCUACAUGGAUUAUGGAUUUAACAAAAUUAUGUAAUGGCUUUCCGUAAUCAAAUGCAUCACAUAAAUGAGUGCCUUUUAUCACGUCUUUAAUUGUCAGCUAUUUCGCUAAUUGAUGUUUCAAAUUUGAGAAAACAUUGAUUGUGAAGGAAUUUUUUAAUCUGGCAAUAAGUAAUGGUUGGGGAUUUUUUAUUGUAUCUCAGAAAAUCUAUGAGACCUCAAAACUCAUGCCUACCUUCUGUAACAAAUUCUUGUAAUCCAGAAGCAAUUUAAGGGGACAGUUUCACUGGCCACCAAAUGAUGAGAAUGCAUAAGGAAAAAAAUUAGCAUUUGCAGUAACUGACCUGUACAGACUUGUCAAUCAUGUGCAAUAUGGAUCAUACCUACUUUUUGUGUUUCCCACUGUUUUUGAAUUGGUAUUACAAUUAUUCAGGCAGGCAUCAAUGGCUAAACUAUUAUCAAAGCUGUUUUUGCCCCCCACCAUUCAGUGGCACUUCCGCAGUUCCUAAUUCUGCACACUAACGGUUUUACAAUUAAUGAAUGGACUUGGAAGAUAAAGCCCAAAUCAGUCAAAAAUAUUUGGAUGUUAUGGCUAUUGAAGUUAGUAAUACCAAUCCAUUAAUGUUUUAAGCUUACAUACGGCUUUGGACAUGUUCUCUGCUCAGUCAUACACAAUUAUGCUUUAUACCAUACGCAGGUGAUUUCACGGUAUAUUAAAAUAAAAAUGAUGAUGUUUAGUGUUCUAUGAUUCUAAUGAAUUUUGGCAGCUAGUUUCUUUUUUGUGCUGAUCAGGUUUUUGAUUGUUGUUUGUAAUAUAGGAAAAGUCCACUUAUGGAUCAAGGAAUGCUCUGUGUGAGUUUGAUUCUUUAUUUGCUCUGUUUGUUAUUUGGAUUAAAGUUUUCAAUUUCAUUGAUUUCUAAGGACAAAUAGAUGGUCAAUUAUGAACAUAGUCGAAGUAAUGUUUUGUAAAUGCUAAAUUACAUUUAAUAGGACUGUCAUGUGGAUCUUUUCGAUUGUGUAAAAAUGCAAUGGAAUGCAUAGACUUUUUCUGUAUUUUUUUAAAUAAAACAAUUUUAUGAGUAUAUCACUGCAACAGAGAUUGAAAAUAUGCAAAAAUAUGCAUUGUCAGCAGUUAUCCACAGUCAUUUGUCAUUCUGUUCUCUUUCAGACAGACCUGCCAUUAAAUGUGCUGUUACUGAGGUAAACAAGAUGUGAAAUACAAAAGCUUGAUUGAUCCUGGUUAUCUGCAGGUGUACUUAUGAUAAAAUACACUAACAUUAAUGUUACCAAUGUCAUUUAGAGGAGUUUCCACAAUUACAUGCAUUUCCAAUACAAUACAUCUCUUAAAUUAAUUUGUUUAGUUGCCAUAAUAUUAUAUUCAUUCAUAUACAUUUUAAUAAUUGAUUGCGUAAAUACAGUUUACUCAAUAUAUUAAUUUACCCCAUUAAAAAGGCCAUAAAAGGUCAUAAAGUCAUCUAAGGCACAGUCUUGUAUGUGUAUAAUGUGAGGCCAGUUGUUGGGUUACUCUCCCUCAGAGUCCACUGCACUCCUCUUCCUGAAAGGCUUAUAAAAAUCUUUUGCAAGCAGCCAUGUUUCAUGACUCUCUCUGUCCCCAAAGUGUUGUUCUGAAAGACUACUCCUUUUCAGUUCACCUUCAGCAUGAACUAGACCCAAGGUUCUGGCUUAUUCCGUGGCCCCUUUGGCUUUCCAAAACGUGAUCCAAAAG